CACGUGACCACUUCCUGCUUGCCGUGUCACGUGACAGGGUUUCCAGAACGCGCAUGGAGUCUGUGCGCGUGCCUGCGCUGUGAGUGUAAAUAUCGUUCUCCUGGAGAUGAUGACUAGACACUUGUUUCGUUUAUUGUCUAAAACGGACAAACUGAGGUACCAUCGAAUUGCCAGUUCUUCUGCUCGCUCGUGUUUGUACAUGAUAACAUCAUGUCUGUCUACGAAGAGUCCUCAGGAGAAGAACAUUCUGCUCAUGGGUCCUCCUGGGGCUGGGAAGACAUCAGUGGGACGGAUUUUGUCCUACAGACUCAGGAAGCCUGUAAUCGAUAUAGACGAUGAUGUUCUGGAAAAGACUUGGGGGAUGACGGUAGCAGAGAAGCUGGCGCAAGUCGGAGGCAAACGUUUUGUAGAUGAAGAGGGCCAAGCUGUGUGCAACUUCUCCGCCUCUGGAUGUGUGAUCUCGCUUUCGGGCUCGAACCCUCUUCACUCGGACGCCAUGCGGCACCUGAAACGCUCAGGAAUCGCUCUCUAUCUGGAUGUGGACACUGAAGACAUUGUGGAGAGGCUGUGCAGAAUGAAAGUGAACAGAAUUGUAGGUCAGGGUGCCGGCAUCUCCAUGAGGGAGAUCCUAGAGUACCGAAAGCAGUUUUAUGAGAAGUGGUUGGAUGCAAGAGUGUUUUGUGGAAAGGGGGACACUAUAGAGGAAGUAGUGGAGAAAGUUGUCAGGGUUCUAGAUAAAUAUCAGGACUCUGAAUCAGAGACCUAUAUCUCCACCAGGAGCCAGAGAUCUGCGUCAGACGGUGACAAGAAGUUCUUCACUGAUGUCGUCGUGGAGGGAUUAGCUCCCAAUGGUGGGCUUUACAUACCUAAUAAAGGAUUCCCAAAACUGGAACCUUCUGAAUGGAUAAGAUUAGCGGAUAUGUCUUAUCCUGAGCGUGCUUCGGUCAUACUUGAGAAGUGCAUACAUCCACUGGAUAUAACUCCAUCAGAACUUCGCUCAAUGGUUAACCGAGCCUAUGGGCAGAACUUUGUCAGCAAAUCAGUGGCACCUGUUAAGCAUCUUGCUGAGGAUCAGUAUGUUCUGGAGCUCUUCCAUGGCCCCACUGCUUCCUUUAAAGACCUGGCACUUCAGUUAAUGCCACAGCUCUUUGCUCACUGCCUUCCGCUGAUGUGCAACUACUUGAUCCUUGUGGCCACGUCUGGGGACACAGGAAGUGCUGUUCUUAGUGGGUUCAGCAACCUCCGAGAAAGCAACAGGCAGCGUAUAGGUGUGCUGGUGUUUUUCCCUGAGCGAGGCGUUAGUGUCAUACAGAAACUGCAGAUGACUGGUUUCAAGGGGGGCAACACAAGGGCUGUCAGCGUCUUCUCGGACUUUGACUUCUGCCAGAGGACCAUCAAAAGGAUGUUUGGUGACCCAAGGCUGGCUGGCCACUUUGCAGUGGAGUACGCCACUGUUCUUAGCACGGCUAACUCCAUCAACUGGGCGAGGCUUCUUCCGCAGGUGGUCUACCACGCCUCUGCAUACCUAGACCUCCUCAGAGACGGUGUGGUGAAAUUCGGGCAACCCAUCGAUGUCUGCAUCCCCACUGGAAACUUUGGAAACACCAUAUCUGCCGUCUACGCUAAACAAAUGGGCGUCCCAAUAAGGAACAUCAUUUGUGCUUCUAAUCAUAACUGCGUAGUCUCUGAUUUUAUCUGUACUGGUCAGUAUGAUCUCCGAGGCAGGAAACUCAUGCUAUCAAAUUCUCCUGCUAUUGACAUUCUGAAGUCUUCAAAUCUCGAACGGUUUUUGCAUUAUGCAUCCAGCGGGGACGGUAAUCUCGUCCGGGACUUGUUUGUAAGCCUCGAGAAAGAGCAGCACUUUACUGUGUCAGAGGAUUUAUUACGGAGGAUACAGCAGGACAUGCAGGCAGGGUCGUGCUCAGAGGAUGACUGCCUGACUACUAUUCAGGAAGUACACUCCAAAACAGGUUACUUAAUGGACACGCACACCGCCGUGGCUAAAUCCGUGGCUGACCGGCUGCAUGAUAAGAUGUGUCCAAUUGUUCUGUGCUCCACUGCACAUUUCGGGAAGUUUGCUCCAGCCGUUCUUAAAGCUCUUCGCUGUCCCGACAUCCCAAAGGAGCCUCUGGAGCAGCUGGAUGCACUGUGUGCUAUCACAGGCCAAGAGCUAAUGCAUAAAACUCUGUAUGAGACUGUAAGAGAGAGAGCAAGUCGUCCACAUACAGUAUGCCAGCCUGAUUUCAGUGUGCUAACAGAUGAGGUGGAAUCCAUGAUACAGGACUCGUUUAUGAGGGUCAGGUAGGACAUGGAUAUUAGGGCUGUCAGUAUACACACACAGGAAGUGAGGAGCUGCAGCGUCUCCUAGCGGCAGCUGCCGGAUGACUGUGAGUUUUUCCUCAUAAAUUUAAUUAAUGAAUUAAUAAUAUAAGCUUAUUUUCAAAUUGGUUUGAAAUAUAACCAUAUCUCUGUUUUAAAUGAUGUGGUUGGAUAUCAUGAUAAAGCGGUUCGUUAACAAACUGCCAGCAAAACUGCAGCGUUUAACUCUUUAUUGUAAUGUCCAAAAUGUGCACUAAUAAAUCAACACAGAAGUGGAAGAAAACGUUUUCAAUUUUACAUUUUUAAAACUUUCACAAAAAAUCAGCUGGUAUAAAGUUAUCGUUAUAUGCAGACUAUCUCAGUAAAAUGUACUGUGACGUAAUUUAUCACAAUAUGAACAUUAUAUUGUCACAUCACCCAGAUGUAGUGAAUUCAAAAGAAGUCUAGCAGCUGGGAAAUUCCUCACUGUCCCACUAUCUAGAGCUGAUGAAGAUCCUCAUAUGUGUGGAGAGAAUAAAGAUUACUCAUUAACACCAGUUCAGUAGAUUAACUCAGAAGGUACUUCCUGAACAUGUCUCCUAGAUGGCAGUGUUGCUCUGCGAACACUUCAACAUCAACAUGGUCUUUUCUUGAAGGGAUAAAAUUCUCAAAUCCUGGCACACGGCUGUGGAGUUUAUCAUGCUUUGUACUUUCUAAUUUUAUGGAACCAUCUAUAGAUAAUGAUGUUAUUUCUAUGGAACCAUCAAUACAUAAAGAUGAUAAAUUUUAUGGAACCAUCUAUAGGUGCAGAUGUCAUUUGUAUAUUAUGGAAACUUCUAUACGUUAUGAUGUCAUUUGUAUGGAAUCAUCUAUAGGUAAUGUUAUCAUUUGUAUGGAUGUAGUAUCUUUUUCCUCACAAUAUUUAAGGCUUCUGAUUUAUUAUAAUAAUUCAGUUUCUCAGCUUACACCUUUUUCAGCUUUUUAUUAGUUAACUCUGAGUUAAAUCUGACAUGUUAGUAUCAAAACCAGUUAAAACAGGGUGAGAAAGCCCUUUAAAUGGUACUAAGCUUUUUAAAGCAAUCACAUUUCGGUUAAAAGAAGUAUACAUAGUGCCCUUUUACACCAAAUGUACUCAAGACAUGUUUGGUGUGUGAAUUUUGUUUCUUUAGUUUUGCACUGGAGCUACAAGGCUAAUGUGGCUAACAAGAAAUGGAGUUUAGCAUUGUUCAACCUGACAGAGUAGCUUAGUAAUAAAAGCUAGUUGAAUUUUUUUAAUUAGAUUAUUAUUACUAUUAUUAUGUUUAUAAUAUUCCAUACAGAUCAGAGUGUAGCUUUAUUUUUAUAAUUGUUGAAUUCAUUAAAAUAACUUCUGCUGCAUUGUUUCUGUUCCAAACCUUCCACCUAAGCAAAAAUAAACAGUGUGAUCGUCAUAUAUUACUGACAUAUUGGUAAUUUACAUUUACACAUAUGUAUAAAAAAAGGGACUGAAAUGAAGAGACACACUGAAGCUUUAAAAAAUGACUGUAAUUUCAUGGAUAUUUUAGCAUUAAAAAAUAAUAUAUGCGUAUCUGUGAUGUGUGAUAUUAGCGAGUGUGGCUAAUGUUAGUGUUUAUCAGCUGUGGUGCAUUAAAUCACAAGCUCUCCAUUCAGCAUUCUGCAUAAAUUGGUUGAAUAAUUAUUAGGAAUAUUGAACAAAAUGAUCAAGAUAAUCAUCUUACUCAUUAUCCUGAGCCCUGUGGAUGAGUUCAUUGGCCUUAAUGCUUCAUAAUAAAGUCUGUUCAAGUAAACAGAAUAACUCCGGUUAUGAAACUGCACAGAUUCAUACAUGCACCAAGUUAAUAAUCCAGAGCCAGGAAUUACAAAAAAAAAAAAAAAAAAAUCUGAGUUAAAAUCUGGGAGCAGAAAUGUGUUGGAAAUCUCUUAGGAGUAAUAUCUUAAGCAUGAAGUAUGACAGUUCCAUCACCGUAAAACACUCAGGAAACAGGGUAUUACACCAAGCUCAAACACACCAGAGCUGAAUCCUAGAUUAUGUUUGUGAAAUAAUAUUAAAAUAAAUUUAUUAAAUUGAUCUAAAUAAUAAGUCAUUGAAACCUGACAUGGCGAGUAUACAGUAAAAACCAGUCAGAUGUUGCUAUAGCUACAUUUUGGAAAAAAUCUAGUUUUAACCAAAAUGGAGUAUUCAUAACAAUAAUAUACUUCAACACCACUACUUCCUAAAAACACAAAAAUACAGUAUUUCACCAAAAUUACAUUGUGUAAGGAUCCAGUUUAACAAACGCAGCAGUCAGUCUGCCUGAAGAUUUUAAUCAGAUAGCGAUAAAAUGUCCGCUGUGCUCCUGCUCCAUCACAUCAUUGCCAUCAUCAAAACAGAGAAGAGCGCUUAUACACUCUGUACAGACGACGGAGCACAAAGAUUUAAAAUGUUUCAGUGGUCGAAUAAAACUUUAAACACAUCACUGAUUAUUCUCUCCAUCGAUGUUAGCCUGGACAGAGAUCAGUGGAGUGAAGAGACGAUGAUGAUGAGGCUCGUGUUUGAACUCCAUGAGUGAUUUUUACCUCAGGUGAUGAGACAGAGUCUGAUGUAGAUGAUGCUGAUAAUCAAAGUGAGAACUCAUUUCCUAUGUUAAUUCAAUACAAUUUUAUUUAUAUAGCACUUUUAAGAAUGGACAUUGUCACAAAGCAGCUUUACACUUAUACAUUUAUCCCUAAUGAGCAAGCCAGAGGCGAGGAUGAUGAGGUGAUGACAUGAGGAACAAACCUUGAGAGGAACCAGACUCAAAAGGGAGCCCAUCCUCAUCUCGGUGAUAACGAAUAGUGCGAUUAUAAAUAAUUUCUCUUCUAUAACUGUAUAGUAUAGCGUCAAAAAGUGCAAUUGUGUAACCACGAACUUGAGUAUAAGCAUCAGAGUCAUUUCUGAAUUCAUUAGAGUUUUAACCUAAAGUCUGCUGUAUCAAACUGAAGUUAUUAACUGUUUAUUGGUGGAGACUUGAGUGCAAACUGUUCUUAGCAAUUGCCAUCCAGGGGCUAUCCAAGGAACACGUAAGUAAUGAUGUUUUUCCAUCAGUAGAUGAGGUUAUAAAUGUAGCAGUAGAUGUCCUUCAGUGGGAUUGGAAUGAAAUGUGUACUUGUGAUUUCACUUUAAAAUGCUAAAACCUUACUUCUAAGUAUUUAGAACCAUAUAAAGUAGAAAAUGUCCAAAUCUGACCAUGUGAAGGGUUUUCCCAGGCUGCCAAACAUAUAUUUCAGUACCUGUGUUUCUUUUUUUAUUUGCUAUGUUUCCAGUAGACACAAGCACAACAACAAGCACUCCUCAUACCACUGCCUCCUAACAGUGAACGUC